AAUUUCUAAUCCUCUCCUCAGUUCCCUUCAUUCAUGUCUUCCACCCGCGCCCUGAAACUAUGUAAUUCACGCGCCGUAGAACAGGAAGAAAGAAGACUGUGAUUUAUCAAAAUGAAGGAGCGUACACCAGGUGUUAAAGACUACUCAUUAUCAAUUUUUCAUCAUCUAGCCCCCUCGACUGACGGAGACCCAUGAAAUAUUGAAAAGGAAAUUAUGAGGAGCGGAGGGAGUACACGGAUGACGGCACGUGCCGAAAUAAUAAUAAAUACUCCGUUAGCUUUUGCCAUGGCAAAAAGGAAAUUUGUUGGAAUUAUUGGAAGAGGGAAUGCCGAUUUUUUUUUCUUUUCAUACCUCUCUCUGUAUGCUUACGAUCCACAGCGCGCGUGGAGUUUCCUCCUGACAAUUCGCAUUCUCCCCCAUUAUUCCCGACGCGAUUCUCACUUCUACAGUUUUCUUUUUAGUGUCGCCGGCACGUGGUGAUUCCACAGGACUGCCUCUCCCCUUGUAAAAAAGAAAAUCCUCAAAUUUUUUUUUACUCUCCUUUGAGCCCGGGCUUUACACGAGAGGGACAAAAUGAGGAAUAUUUAAUUACUCCCUUCGGAGACACGUGGCAGCGGGGGUGAGAAUAACUUUUUGAAAUGUGGUGGCAAGACAAAAUACUUAGUCAUUACAAAUGCAUGACCCUUUAAUUGAAUAAUUAGACAGCAGAGAGGACAUGAGAAACAUUGAUUAUCCACUUUAUUUAUAGCUGUUUUUAUGUAUUUAUUUAUUAUAGUCUUUUCCAAGUCAAUAUUCACUCAUUGACUUUUCAAUUUAAUUCCAAAAUUUUUGGAUUUCAUUGGGAUUAAUAAUUUCUCAUUAAUUUAAAAUAGUUUCAUUCAUAUUUUUUAAAUAAACUGUGGGAAAAAUUAUGUUUAGCCGAAACAAAUUGUUUUGGCGAUUAUCUUAAUUGUAAGCAUUACCUUGAGGGCUUGGCCCAGCAGGUAAGUUCAUUGACUCUGAUGAAAGGUAGGGCUCAAUGUAGAUACGCGGAAUUCCUUACUUAUUGCGAUAAGAUUGCUUUAUUGCAGGACAAAUGAAGUAGACCGAUCCUUUACCAUAUCGGAAGACACAAAAGUAAUAAAACGAUCCCCAUUGAUUGGCCUUUACAUUAACCGAACGUACGAUGACCCAGCGUCUACUGAUUUUAUAUUUUUUUCUUGUACUCGCGAAAAAUUCUCGUGAAAAUUUCUCUAAAAAUAAAUAAAACGUUUGACUCAGUUGUUCGCUUCGCCUAUCCUGCUUAACAUUUAUAACCCUCAAUCUAAUUGUAAUUACUGUGAAAUCUCACUCACCCCAAUUUAUGUAACGACCCCCCUGACGUGCGGGAUACAAUAAGCGAUCCUGAAAUAAUAGAUUACAACUACAGUGAUAAUAAAAUAUUGGUUGGAGAACUUCGGAAUUUUGAUGGGUAAAGUGCUUGUAUUCACGAGAUUUGUAGUCGUCAAUAAUUCACGCAGAUUACUGACAAUGUGCCGAUUUUCAGAUUCUAAAAUUGUGGGUGACAUCAGUUGUUCAUGAAGCCCAGUGCGAUGACGAGACUAGAGAUAAAAUCGGGAGUGAAUCAAAAUUUGUAUAAAAAUCCGGAUUUUGUCAGGUCAUAUGGAUGGAAUCGUACAAUGAUGCAUUUAAUUGGAGGUUGGCCAGAAGAAAAUGACAACUUUUUCAUGAGGAAUCGACUAUUUUUUAACUCACUUGCAAUCAUGCUCCUCAUUAAUUUACCACAAACAGCGACUCUGCCAGUGGUUUGGGGAGAUCUUAAUGCUGUGAUUGAUUUUUUUUCUGUGAAUUUGGCUGUUAAUCUUUCACUCAUGAAAAUAAUCUGGCUCGGCAUUCACCGAUCUACCAUUACAAAUUUACUCAAAUUAAUGGCUGAAGAUUGGCUGAUGGAGACAACACAUGAGGAACGCGAGGAAAUGGUGAAAAUGACUAAAAUCAUAGGGGUGAUUUCGAGCCUAAGUUUCUAUGGAACCCUCUCACUCUUCGCAACAUACAUUCCAGCUCAGAUAGUCCUGCAGUUACAACUGAAAGAUGACCCCAACGUUGACUCAAGACUGUCAAUUGGUUUUCUCUACAACUGCGUAUUCCCUUUUGAUACCUCUUCACUCUCUGUUUUCCUCCCCAUCUGGAUAUGCCAAUUUUUUAUGACCUACGUAUCAAUGGCCGGAUAUUCUUCACCAGACAGCUUUUUAGUCAUGCUCGUGUUUCAUCAGUGCGGUCAACUGAGAGUACUGCGACGCAGAUUAGAGAGAAUUUGUGAUGAAAAAACUUUGGCCAAUUCUCGCGAAUUCUGGAUAAAAAUUAGGGAAAUCGUCAACAGACAAAUGCAUCUGAAUGCACGAGUAUCAGCGAUCGAGGAGAAAUUCCAUAAAGUUUUUCUCGCUGUUACACUGUCUUGUAUUCUGACAGCUUGCACUCAAGCAUUCGUCGUAAUAACGAUGUUGCAGUCCAGUGAGGAUGGCUUUCCAGUAACCAAAAUGAUAUUCCUCUUGAUUUUAGCUACUUAUGAUUUGGGCCAUUUUUUUAUAUACUGUCUGGCAGGAGAUGUCUUAAUGAAUGAGAGUUCAAAAUUCGGUGAAACCGCAUACAACAGUCGAUGGUACGAUUUAUCUACAAAUGAAGCGAAAUCCGUCCUCAUCUUCACAAGUCGAUCCCGCCUACCGCAACAAAUAUCUGCGGGAAAAUUUACAGUUCUGUCCCUCCCCCUUUUUACAACGAUCGUUCAAACUGCAAUGAGCUAUCUCUCGGUGUUGCUCGCCCUGAAGGUGUAAUAAACGCUCGGAUAACUCAGUAAUUUUUCGUCAGAAGUCUUGGGUAAUUAAUAUUAAUCCGAUGUAUGCACAACAGAGCAGAUAAAGAUCUGGCUAAGCUGCACUAUCAUUAAAUUAUAGUCUCUUAUUAUAUCGAUCUGACAGUAUAAUGACAAUUUCAUUCGGAAUUCUAUACACCUUGA